AUGGCUCAUUAUAUCCUGACAUUAGGAACUGAAAAAGAGAGAUGGAGGAAGAUCUAUUGUCCCUAUAACGAGGAUGAUCAGAAUGGAGGGGUAUGCAUCAAUGGCAUUUUGUAUUUCACAGUGUACGACUGUGAUACUCGAUCACAUCUUAUAGGUUGUUUUGAUGUUAGGUUUGAGAAGUUUAAGUUUCUAGAUAUAUGCUGCCAAUAUGGUUUGUGUACAUUGAUAAACUAUAAGGGUAAAUUAGGUGUGAUUAAGUGGAAGUGUGCUGGGGAUGGUGGAUUUCCCCUAGAAUUAUGUAUGUGGGUUCUAGAGGAUCUCGAGAAACAGGAAUGGUCGAAAUUUGCCUACACUUUGAAGGAUGACAAUAAAGUUAUUGAUCAGGUUGACUACGAUCUUUCUGUUGUUGGGGUGACUGCUUCAGGUGACAUUGUUUUGGUCAAGGAAACUGCAUUCAAACCUUUUUAUGUUUUCUACUUUAAUCCCGAAAGGAACCAUCUACUAAGUGUUGAAAUCCAAGGUCUUGGAGAAGACCAUGAUUGGAGUAAGUAUCAUGCAGUUUGCGCUUUUGUAGACCAUGUGGAAGUUAAUAUUAUGAGGGAAACAUCUCUAAACCCAGCAACCCACUAG